AAACAAAUCCGUCCAAAAUUUCUCCUAUGGGAAACAGAACAAAGCUUUUGCUUACUCUCCAUGUUCUCAUCGUUUACUUCCUAUCAUUUGAAAGCUAUGUCUCCAUUAAAAUGGAUACCAACGCCAUGCAUCCAGGCCAAUCGCUCUCUGGUAACCAAACUUUGACCUCUAGCAAUGGAAGGUUUGAACUUGGUUUCUUCAAGCCAGGUAACUCCACAGGCCACUAUGUAGGAAUCUGGUACACCCUAUCAGUUGAUGUUGUGGUGUGGGUGGCUAACAGAGAUGCACCACUCUACGAUCCUUUCGGUUCGAGACUCGAGCUCACCGAAACGGGUAGACUUGUUCUUUACAAUCAAUCUGAAAUCCCAGUUUGGUCAUCAUCAAACACCGUGUAUGAUUCCGUUGUUGCUGUUCUUGAGGAUACUGGGAAUCUUGUUUUGAGAAAUGUAUGGGAAAGCUUUGAUCAUCCCACUGAUACAUGGUUGCCUGGUGCCAAGCUUGGAGGAAGCAAGAUGAACAGGAAAGGGCAAAGGCAAAGCUAUGUUUCUUGGAGCAGUUGGAAUGAUCCUUCGCCUGGACCGUUUUCCCUGGUGCUCGACGCAGAUGGAACCCCGGCGUAUCAUGUACUCAAAAAUCGGCAUAGGCACUGGACUUGUGGGAGUUGGCUUGAGAGAAUUUCCUCGUUUAGUACUGAUAUAGUGGCUGACAAGUAUACCAACAUGGACUAUGUAUCGAAUAAGGAAGAGAACUACUAUAACUACUCGAUCACCAGCCCCUCGAUUCCUGUUCGAUUUAAGAUUGAUGUAUCAGGGAAAGUGCAGAAACUCGUAUGGAAAGAUGAUUCUCAGAAAUGGGAAACUAUUUGGGAAAAACCAAAGGAAGAUUGUGAAAUAUUUGAUUUCUGUGGAGCAAAUGGUGCUUGCAAUCAGUUUGUUUUGCCUCAUUGUAGAUGCUUGGAUGGUUUUGAACCUAAAGUUCCUGCAGAAUGGAAUCGGGGAAAUUAUACAAAUGGUUGUCGUAGAAGAUCUCGGUUGCGGUGCGGUAAUGAUGCAAAACAUGGCUUCCGAGUGAUUCAAAACAUAUUAUUACCGGCAUAUGAAGUGUCAUUAACAAAUGAUAAGAGCUUGGAAGAGUGUAAAUCAGCCUGCUUAAGAAACUGCACUUGUAUUGCAUACACGAUUGGAUAUGAUGGUAAUUGCUCCAUAUGGCGAGAAGAUUUGGUGACCAUCCGGUACCUGUCAUAUGGUGACAAUCUCGGAAAAGAUCUAUAUCUCCGGCUUCCAGAAGCUGGCGGAGAUAAACCGAGGAUAAGAAUCAAGCGGUUCACUAUUAGUGCAGCUGCAGCAACUGUGAUUUUGAUUGGUAUCUUGGGACUCCUAGUUUCAACACGCAGGAUGACAAGUUACUCAGAUGCUAAAGCAACUGAUGAUGUUCUGGUUAUCUUUAAGUUCGGUGACUUAAAGAGUGCGACGAAGAAUUUUUCCGAAAAAUUAGGUGAAGGUGGUUUUGGUUCUGUUUUUAAAGGAAUGCUUCCGAAUUCGGAUGCCAUAGCUGUCAAGUGUCUCAAAUUUCAAGACGAAGAAGAAAAGCAGUUCCGCGCUGAAGUGAGCACCAUAGGGACAAUUCAUCAUGUUAAUCUCGUGCGCCUUCUCGGGUUUUGCCUGAAGGGGAUGAAGAGGUUUCUAGUAUAUGAUUACAUGCCAAAUGGUUCCUUGGACAGUCAUCUGUUUUAUAAGGACUCGAAGAUCCUAGACUGGAAAACAAGGCAUCAUAUCGCACUGGGAAUAGCUCGAGGAUUAGCCUAUCUCCACGAGGAGUGCAGAGUACGCAUCAUACACUGCGAUAUCAAGCCCGAGAACAUUCUUCUUGACUCGGACUAUAAUCCUCUGCUUUCAGACUUCGGACUAUCAAAGCUGUUCGGUAGGGAUUUCAGCCGUGUCUUGACUUCAAUGAAAGGAACAAGAGGUUACCUUGCGCCGGAAAUGAUUUCAGGUGAACCCAUUACUCCUAAAUCUGAUGUUUAUAGCUAUGGAAUGCUGCUUUUGGAGAUUAUAUCAGGAAGGAGAAACUGGGAGACAGCAGAUGAUAAGAACGACAAUUACUUCCCAGCUCGUGCCGCAAUCUGUUUAAGCAACGGAGGGGAUGUACUAAGUUUGUUGGAUCCCAAGUUGCAGGGGGGUGCAAAUGCAAAACAAGUCAUCAGAGCCUGUAGAGUUGCAUGCUGGUGCAUUCAAGAUGAAGAGCAAAAUAGGCCAUCCAUGGCGCAAGUUGUUCAGGUUCUUGAAGGAGUCCAAGAGAUCAAUAUCCCACCAAUUCCCUGGUUUAUCCAAACCAUCAUAAGCUGUUAAAAGGGUUUCCGAGUUGUCUUCGACAAAUGAGAAGCAUUCUACUAGUAGUUCAGUAUCUCCAGAUUUCUUAUGAGAUGAAUAUU